AUGGAACGAAUCUCGAGGGCCAGGAACAGCGCAAAUCAUAUAGAUCUACCCCAUGCUUCGCCAUCAGCGGCAACAUUAUCGGGCUUGAUGAAAGAAAAGCCGACUGCAGGUGGUACAGGCAUGCGGCACAAAGGCCGAGCGGUUGGUCAUGCUACAGCCUCUUUGUUUUCCACAGAUCUACUCCGUAUGGCUUCUAUGGAGUCCAGAGAUGGCCCUAGCAAGGUGUACCGAGUACUCCGUAGAGAGGGCGGAUAUCCAAGGUUGUUGACCAUGUUUACUCACAACCGGCCCAUGGUCAGCUAUCCGGAGAAGAAGUCGCAUUGCUCCUCACUGAGAGCCAUGGGUCGAAGGAAACGCCAUCGUCCCGUCAGCGCUGGCUGUCAAACCGCAUCUCCAAAUCGUCGCUGUUCGCUCGCAGUUGAUGAAGAGACGUUGAAGUAA